AUGGCGGAAGGCAGCUUCGUCAGGGAGCGAAUCGACUCGUUGUAUGACAUAGACUGCAAAAUCGUGUCGCUUUUGGACAAAAUGUCCGGGAUAUUCGAGACGUAUAGCAGCCCGAAAGAAGACAUUGACAAGGUAAAAGAGCAGAUUCAACUGCAAACUAAAGGCAUUUAUAGCAUGCUCAGCGAUGUUGCUGUGGAAUUGAGGAAAGAGGUGAAGAUCAUGGAUGAAAACAUUGGAUGUUACAACAAAAAUAAAGACAAUGUAAUGAUCUUGCCUCUUCCAGUUGAUCAGAAAAAUACCAAACUUGGCAAUUUGCGAAUGAAGCAGGAGAUUGAACAGUUGGACAAGCUCUUGGGAAAGGGAGAUAGCGAUGUAAAGAUGGAAGACAGUGAGAGCGAGGCGUAA